AUUUUGGCGUGCGUGCUUUUCUCAAUCUUAUUUCGGGUGUCCUUCCAUGAGUGGUGUGGGAGAAAGUAAUGGGAUCCAAGCCCAUGGGUUCUGGGGAGAGGAUGCUGGAAACAAACAGGUCGCUACCGAUUGGGGGGAAGGUAGAGAAGGGAAAGGCGAAGAAAGAGCAGGGGUUACCAAAACCACGACGGACGAAGAGAUGAGCGACGCCCGUUUCGUUCCGCUAUUUUCCCCUCUGUGGCUGUAAGAGGGCAAAGAAAAACAGAGGGCGGGAAACGUUGCGGCGCGCGCGUGCAGCAAACGAUAUACCAAGACAAGCGAGGUCUCUUUUCCUUUUUUCACUCUACUUUUUCUGUUUUUUCCCAAGAGAGUUUAUUCGCGUGAUGUGUUAUCUUUGUUUUUGCAGGCGGCGUGGGAGAGGGGAGCAAUGGCGGUCCCGGUUUCCUAUGGGCAACGCAACGGUUGGAUUUGUCUUGUCUGUCUAUACCAUACCAAUACCGAUAUUGAAACGCGAUUAACUUGAAAACAAAAUAUGAUUCC